UCUCGGAGUAAUGCCCCAUUGCCCACUCUCAUGUGAUGGAAAUCAAAUCCAUAAACACCUCAACAACUCUAGUAACGACACGUGUCACUUGAGUCAGUCCCAGCUUCCACUCUUUUACAUAAACAGAGGUCCUUCUUCUUCUUCCUCAAUUUCUCCUCACCUCUCUCUGAUCAUCACAUUAUCAUCUCAAAACCAUUAGCUUCAAAGCUCUGAGCUCUAGAUUUCCUCAGUUGCCGCCGAAAUCUGUGAAAGGGUCUCUCUUUCUCACGAUGGCAACUGUGACUGCUUCCCACUUUGUGUCAAGAGCCUCACUUGUCAACAACCAUGGAGCUUCAGGCUUUGAAUCCAACGCAAAUCUGUCUCAAAUCACCUUGAAGGGUCAAUCUGUGACUCACUAUGGGCUAAGGUCUUUCAACAUGGUGGAUAGGCUUCAGAGGAGAUCUAAAGCUGACGCUGUUUCUGCCAAAUCCUCAAAGGGAUUAAAGCAGAACGCUCCUAAAGCUAAACCUGUUGGUAAGAUUGUGUGUGAGAAAGGGAUGUCUGUGAUCUUUAUUGGAGCUGAGGUUGGUCCAUGGAGCAAAACAGGAGGUCUUGGUGAUGUCUUAGGUGGUCUGCCUCCAGCUCUUGCCGCUAGAGGCCACCGUGUGAUGACGAUAUGCCCUCGGUAUGACCAAUACAAAGAUGCUUGGGACACUUGUGUCGUGGUUCAGAUCAAAGUUGGGGAUAAAGUUGAGAACGUUCGUUUCUUUCACUGCUACAAACGAGGAGUUGAUCGAGUCUUUGUUGACCAUCCAAUCUUCCUAGCCAAGGUUUUGGGCAAAACUGGAUCCAAAAUCUAUGGCCCUAUAACUGGAGUAGACUACACUGACAACCAACUCCGGUUCAGUUUGUUGUGUCAGGCUGCUCUUGAGGCUCCACGAGUUCUGAACCUGAACAGCAGCAAGUAUUUCUCUGGACCAUAUGGGGAAGAUGUGGUCUUUGUUGCCAAUGACUGGCACACUGCUCUCCUUCCUUGUUACCUCAAAUCUAUGUAUCAAUCACGCGGAAUCUACAUGAACGCAAAGGUUGUCUUCUGCAUUCACAACAUAGCCUACCAAGGAAGAUUUGCCUUUGAAGACUUUUCUAUUCUCAAUUUACCCAACAGCUUUAAGAGCUCUUUCGAUUUCAUGGACGGGUAUGAGAAGCCAGUAAAAGGACGGAAGAUCAACUGGAUGAAGGCUGCGAUUCUCGAAGCAGACCGUGUCUUAACAGUUAGUCCAUACUAUGCUCAAGAACUCGUCUCUGGCAUCGAUAGAGGCGUGGAACUGCAUUCAUACCUUCGAACAAAAGCAGUCUCCGGAAUCAUUAACGGGAUGGACGUUCAAGAAUGGAACCCGGCUACUGACAAGCACAUCGAUAUCAAAUACGAUAUCACCACUGGAACCGGUAAGAAGAAGAUGGAGGCUCAGAUUCUUGAAUUGGAAGAGAAAUUCCCGGGGAAAGCGGUUGGAGUAGCGAAGUUCAACGUGCCAUUGGCUCAUAUGAUCACAGCAGGAGCUGACUUCAUCAUUGUCCCGAGCAGGUUUGAGCCGUGCGGUCUCAUUCAGCUUCAUGCCAUGAGAUAUGGAACAGUACCUAUUGUGGCUUCUACUGGUGGUCUUGUGGACACUGUUAAAGAUGGUUACACAGGUUUCCACAUUGGAAGAUUCAACGUCAAGUGUGAAGUCGUGGAUUCGGAUGAUGUGAUUGCAACAGCAAAGGCCGUGGCUAGAGCCGUUGUAGUGUACGGAACAUCCGCGAUGAAAGAGAUGGUCAAGAACUGCAUGGACCAAGACUUCUCCUGGAAGGGACCUGCGAGAUUGUGGGAGAAUGUACUAUUGUCAUUAGAUGUCACCGGAAGUGAAGCUGGAGUCGAAGGUGAAGAGAUAGCUCCUCUGGCGAAGGAGAACGUAGCGACGCCGUGAGAAUGUGAUUUUCUUUGUGUCAAAGUUGUCGAAGGGAGGAAAAUUAGGAGUAGAGGAAGGUUGAGUAAAAGUAAUGUUAUGUGUAUAUAGGAGAAAAAUGUUAACAGUCUAAUAUAAUAAUGGACAUGUUCGCAUCUAGAUGUUGUUCGUUUUGUCAUAUUAAUUAUCUAGUAGAUGUAUUCGUUUUGUUAUAUUAAUUAUGAGUUUGAAUAAAAAAAAUCGUAUUUAAAAUUAGUUGCAUCCCAAGUAUCGUUAGUUACAAUAAAAACUAGGUGG